AUGCCAGGCUUCAUACCCGCCCGACCCUCAAAACGCAAAAUUGCCUUGGUGGUGGCCGCCGUCUUCGGAUACCAUGCAUUGCACCGAUACCAGCUACCCAUUCAAGGCCUCCCAGGUUCAAAUACAUGGCAGCACCAGCCCGAACCUCUCGGGGUGCAGCAGCUGAACAUGACAGAGCGGGAAUGCAGGACUCGCUUCCCUGGGCUGGCGCAGUCCAUCGACGAUAUCGUGGCACAGGGUCCCUUUGAGGUCAGCGACACAGGCGAUGCCGGGCCGCUCCAGGGGAGGAUCAAGGAUGGAAAGCUGUACAUCAUCAACGCGCAAAGGAGACUGGAUCUGUCUGCAGAAAUGCUCAACUCCAGAACCGGCUCCCUACACCAACUCCACCGCGCCAUCGUCACGUCUCCCGAACCGAUUCCAGAGACGGUAUUCUCCCUCAACUUCCAAGACUCGCCUCUGAGCAGCGGCCCCAGCAUGGGCUACAGCCGACCCGCAGACCCCCGGCUGCGCGGCGACGACAUGAACCAGAACCGCCGCACGUUCCUGAUGCCGCACUUUUCCUUCUGGGCCUGGCCGAUCCCCCACGUGCCAGGGGGGACGUUUGACGAGGCGGGUUAUCAAGAAGAGGAUGCUGGUGGCGGCGGCGGCGGCUGUGACUGGACGAAAAAGACGGCCAGUGCCGUUUGGCGCGGGACGGUGCGAUUCGAGAGCGCGCUGCAGCCCGGCCUGCGCAGGAAUCUCGUCCAGGUCGCGGCUCGGGCCGCCGCGGCGGGCGAGUCGUGGGCCGACGUGCUCCCGCUCAACGACUCGACCGCGCUCGCCAUCCAGGAUUUCUGCCGAUACCGGUACGUGCUGCACACCGAAGGGGUUGCCUACAGCGGCCGGUUUCAUUUUCUCCAGAUGUGCCGCAGCGUGGUGCUGUCUCCGCCCCUGCUGUGGAUGCAGCACACGUCGCACCUCCUGAGGCCCGUCUUCUCUGCGUCGCUGCUCGGGAGGCCGCAGCCGGCGGGCGCGUCUGGGGCGCGGGCGUCCAGGUCCUGGCCCGUGUCGUACGCGGCGGACGAGGCCAACAUUGUCUUUGUGGCGCAGGACUGGUCGGACCUCCCAGAGACGGUGGCGUGGCUCGAGGCGCAUCCGCGUGCUGCAGAAGGCAUCGCCAGCAGACAGCGCGAGUUGUUUGUAGGGGGCGGGUACUUUAGCCCGGCUGCCGAGGCUUGCUAUUGGAGAUCUCUUAUCAGAGGCUGGAGCGCGGUAGCGAAUGUUGAUCCAGACGUAUGGGGAGCAAGAUUGGGUACUCGUUUUGAGGUGUUUAGUCUCAAAGGAGAGUUGUGA